AUUCCCGCUUCACGCUUUAUGUUUGACAGAGCUGAAUGCCUCUCAUAGCAGUCGAACGGUGACACUUGCCGAGAGCGGCCAAAGACCACUGUGAAUCCCAGAUCGUGACAGAGAGAUAACGUGAAUCAUCUCUCUCAUAAAUCGAUGGAUAAUUACUCGUGUCAAUAAAAACAUCAGCAUUCAUUCCAUCAUUUGCGAACAAAUUGUUGGAAAAAUAUAUCGUUUCUGCGCAUUUUUUACUUAUUUUCGAGUGCUAAAAAUUUAAUGGAGUGACUAAGUGGUAGUUAAGUGGUAUCUCCUCCUAGUUUUUUGUGUCACUUCCAUGGGAUUCUGCGAAGUCGAGCGGAUGUACUCGCUUUGGAAUAAUUUAUUGGCUCCAGCUCGGCUUUUGAUUCUUGCAGAAGUCACCGACGUCUCAACAAUUUCAAAAGACUUCAUGGAGUGAUAAACAUGAAUGGGUGUUAUCAGUGACGAUUUUAUUCGCGAAUACAAUUGGUGAAAUAAACAAUUGAAAUUAAAAAGCUUUCUUUUUUAAAAAGACGACUGGAAUAUUUUGAUAUUAAGGUUUAAAUGACUAAAAGUUAACUCGAUUUAGUGGUCUGAGUAAAGUGUUUGGAGAUAAGAGAAGUAAAUACUUCAUUGAAGGAGAUUCAGGAGAUGACGAGGACUGAAUCAGUGAUGAGCAUGGAGAAUCUAACUACUUAUUGGAUGCCCCGGGUUGCCGAGGCUGCCAAUCACACGAUGAUGGAGGCAUCAAGAUUCCCGAAGUCUCUGAGGACAUUUGCAGCAGUCGUUUCUAUUCUCAUAAUGAUAACGGGUCUCGUGGGAAAUUUACUCACGAUUAUUGCUCUCUGCAAGUAUCCAAAGGUUCGCAAUGUCGCUGCUGCGUUUAUCAUAAGUCUGUGCUUUGCUGAUUUUAUUUUCUGCGUGCUGGUGCUGCCGUUUGAUUCAAUCAGAUUUGUGAAUCAUGGGUGGACAGAUGUGAGAUUUCUCUGUGUUCUCGUGCCGUUCCUCCGAUAUGGAAACGUCGGGGUCAGUCUCCUCUGCGUUGCUGCUAUAACUGUCAAUCGAUAUAUUAUGAUUACUCAUCAUAAUCUCUAUGGCAAGAUUUAUAAGAAACAUUGGAUCGCAGCUAUGAUUCUGUUUUGCUAUGUGUUCUCGUACACAAUGCAGGUGCCCACGCUGAUUGGUGCCUGGGGUGAAUUUGAUUACGACUCAAACCUUGAAACCUGCUCAAUAGUAAAAGACUCGAGGGGUUGGAGUUCAAAGACCUUCCUCUUCCUGACUGGCUUCGUAAUUCCCUGUAUAAUAAUUAUUGGCUGCUACGCCAAAAUAUUUUGGGUCGUUCACAGUUCGGAAUCGCGGAUGCGUAAGCACGCAAGUCCAGCUGUAAAAUCACCUCACACCCCAGGACGUGAUACAAGAGAGAUAAAGCAGCGCCGAAGCGAGUGGAGGAUAACAAAAAUGGUAUUAGCGAUAUUCUUGAGCUUCGUUGCCUGCUACUUGCCAAUCACGAUCGUUAAAGUGACUGACCCGGAAGUCAGAUACCCCGCGGCUCACGUGACGGGUUACUUACUUCUCUACUUCGCAUCCUGCGUUAACCCAAUAAUCUACGUUAUAAUGAAUAAACAGUACAGACAGGCGUAUGCAGGUGUAAUAAGCUGCUCGAGGAUUCGUGCUACAUUGACCCCCCAUGGAAGCAGUGUCCCGGGACAAAAUAACUAUGGCCAAGAUUAUUCCAAGGAUUACAGCAAGACGAUGGUGUCAACCGUGUCGAUUGCGAUGAAUCCGGUGAUAAGAAAGUCGGAGCUUCCGGAUGACUUUUAAUCGCCAGGAAAACAGCUCAGAGUGUUUACACACUCUACUGAAUACUCCACGUUAUAGUCUGAAUCCAAGAGGACCAACGACAACGGAAUUUUAUUUAUAAAUACUUUUGUACUCGUAGACUACUCAGUCUUAGUAUUAUCGAUUAACUUAUUUAUUUAUACUGCGAGGGACUCGAUGAACCUCAGCAGUCGUGAUUACUUUAUCUUCUAGAUGAAAAUAUGGAAGUAAGAUGUGCCAAGAAUAUUUUAAUGAUAGGUUGAGUGUCUACAGUACACUGAGAAAAAAAAUACUUUUGCUAAGUAU